CUUCCGCUUUCAGAAAAGCAGACGUGUGAAAAUGGGACGGACAGUUUUGGCGGACGAGACUAUCCAAGAUUAUGUAGAGAAACUAAUUAAGAAUGGUUCAUGGAAUUUAGGCCUGAUCAUUGGACAGCUGACUGCCCAGAAGGAUUAUGCUGUGCGGUUGAUUCGCACCCCAGAACCUGUUGAAGAUGAAGUCAGUGAGGAGGAAGAAGAUAGUGAUGCAACAAAGAAACGAAAGAGGUCAGAUAACCGCCCAGAAAGUCUAUGUGAUGUCAGCGAGAAAUGGGCAGCUACUCAUGCAAAACAGGCUAUCCGAAUGUUGCCUGGCGGCAUAGAUGUCAUUGGAGUAUUUGCUCUUGCUCCACCUAACAUGAUGCAGGCAUCACAAGCUAAACUCAGACAGAUUGUAUUUGCCAUACACAAGACCCUCGUAAGGGGCCAGCUUGUUUCUGAAGAAGGAGCUAUCACUGACAGGAUACUGCUGCAGAUUUGCUCAACUACCAGAAAAUAUACCUGUAGAAGUAUAGAUGUUGGUGAUGCAAAGAGUUCAUUCAGACCGGCUGAUUGGAAAAGUCAUUCAGGGGGAGACCACUGGAUUCGUCUUCAGUCUGACAUUGCUGUUGAUCUAAGGAUCCCUGUACCUGUUCGAUCACAGAAUCUCACAUUUCUCAAACAGCUCCAGAGUGGAGUAACCCCAUACUGCCAGAGACUGUGUGGAGGUAUAGCACUCUUCAAUGGAAAGAUGAGAGAACCCACAGAAACUUUGGACCAAUCAGAGUCAAAAGGUCGCAGUAAAGGUCGUGACAAGGGGCAGACAACCCAACAAGUACAAGAAAUAGAAUUUUGUAUGAAGGCAAAGGCAGACGGAAUAACUGAGACAAGAGUUAGUGAGAAUGUGGCCAAGAUGGCAGUUCGUGGCUGUAUUCAUAGCAGAGCAUAUGUGUAUGGAAAAGCAGAAGUUCGAGAUGGGAUAAAGGCCCUACAAACUGACGUGGUGAGGAGUCUGAUGGCGCGCUGUGAACUCCUGUAUGAGGAUGUCAUUGAUGUAGUUGAAGAAGAGUCAGUGUUGAAGGAGUUGUAUAACACGCCUGUGCGAGUAUUUGGUAAACUCCCUGGUACACACCUGGAUUUUUGUGACUACAUGUUCCCAGACGAGAAGAUGGAGGAGGUCACAGAUCGAAUAGAGGAGUUGUUGGAUAUCAGCAUCACUGAGGAUAAACUUGACUUGACCUGUGAACGAAUGGCCACUGAAGAAGACAUGGAAACCACCGAAAAAGAUGAUUCACAAGUAAAUAAUCAAGUUGUGAGAGAAAGUAACCUUGGCUUUAAUAUUGGUACCAUACUUGGAGGUGUUGUGGCCGCGGCUCUCGCUGGAUUUUCAUACUACAUUCUUGGAGAAACAUGAUGCAUGACAAAAUAUAGGACUGAUGAUUUAAAUAUUUUAUUGAAAUAUAUUAAUAUAUUUUAUGAUAAUACGUAUGUGUUGGACAUCUGAUAACUGAAAAUUGGAUAGACAUGCAUUAUUUAGUUGUGAAUCCAAGUCUUACACAUACUGAAUCAAAUUCAUUCACCUAGCAAUAACACCAAGGACUACUUUCAAGCAUGGUGUAGAGCAAGUUAAGCACGGUAUUACAUAAGAAAUGGAAUAUAAGACAAUAUGACGUUUCUGACAGCAGGGUCCUCUCUAGCAGUUCUAGUCUCGAUAUAGCUUAUUUACAGAAUUCAUAUAUGGUAAUCUAAUUGUAACAGGCAAUUUUAUUGAUGUAAAUUUUGUGAUUGGCUAGUACGUUAUGCCUGUGAAAUUGAGUCUGGUAAAUUUGUUCUGCUAAUAUUAGCACUACCAAAAAAAGUUACGCUGAAAAUUUUGAAUGGAAAGUUAGAUGUUCUGCUAUAUUACGGGAAAGAUUGACUAGGAGAACUAGGACCCUUGGUAGAUAGUGAAAAAUAAAGGAUCUAGAAGAACUAUCCGUUCAUCUUUUACUAUUGAAACAUCGGAGAGGUUUGCAUUUACGAUUAUGGUUACAUUACGCAAUGAGCAUCAAAUAACAGAUUUGAAAAUUGCAGCAAUAAAAUAUUUUCAUUUUUUGACUGAUAAA